CACUUGCUAGGGCCACAGCUGACUCAGACUAGGGCGGAGCUACUCGGCUCAGCCUCGGGGAGCUCCAUCCCCAUCCCGGCUUGGUCCCAUCACAUUGGAGCCCCGGUGCACGUUCCUUCGCGCUCCAGCACUGCAUCACGGCCGAGGAGUCUGCAGCCCCGCGUCCGAAGCGCCCUAUUAUGGACUUCCUGGAGGCAGAGGGCGGCUGGAGCCUGUCCUUCUCAGGCUCUGGUUACCUGGGCCUCUACCACGUGGGUGUCACCGAGUGUCUGCGCCAGCGCGCGCCGCGCCUCAUCCAGGGCGCCCGCCGCUUCUAUGGCUCCUCUUCGGGCGCGCUCAACGCCUUGAGCAUUGUCUGCGGCAAGUCCACAGACUUUGCCUGCUCCAGGCUCCUGGGUCUGGUGAAACACGUGGAGCGGCUGAGCCUGGGCAUCUUCCAUCCGGCCUAUGGACCCAUUGAGCACAUCAAGAAAAAGCUGCAAGAGGACCUUCCUGACAACUGCCAUAUUCUGGCCUCUCAGAGGCUGGGCGUCUCCAUGACCCGAUGGCCUGAUGGUCAGAACUUCAUAGUCACUGAUUUUGCCACUCGGGAUGAACUCAUCCAGGCUCUGGUCUGCUCCUUGUAUUUCCCCUUGUACUGUGGGAUGAUCCCUCCGGCCUUCAGAGGAGAGCGUUUCAUCGAUGGGGCUCUGAGCAACAACCUGCCCUUCUCCAGUUGUCCCACCACCAUCACCGUCUCUCCUUUCAACGGGACAGUGGACAUCUGUCCCCAGAGCACCUCACACAAUCUUUUUGAACUAACCGCCUUCAAUGCCAGUUUCCAGAUAUCUACCAGGAAUUUCUUUCAGGGGGUCAUAUCCCUCUUCCCCCCCAAGCCCGAGGUGGUGGCUGACUAUUGCAGACAAGGUUACCUGGACGCCCUGAGGUUCCUGGAGAGACGGGGACUUACCAAGGAGCCAGUGCUGUGGUCGCUGGUAUCUAAGGAGCCUCCAGGCCUUGUAGAGGGGCCCAGAGGCACUGACCAUGACCAGGGCCAGAAGGCUGGCCCGACUGUCAGGUGGGACAUCCCCAACGUGCUGGUCAAGGAUGUGCCCGACUUCGAGCAGCUGUCACCGGAGCUGGAGGCUGCACUGAGAAAGGCAUGCAAGAGAGACUUCUGGGCCCAUAUCCAGUGUUCAGUGCCAGGGAAAGUGUUGACCUACCUGCUACUGCCCUGUACGCUGCCCUUCGAGUAUGUCUACUUCAGGAGCAGGAGGCUGAUGCAGUGGCUGCCUGAGGUACCAGAUGACUUGUAUUGGAUGCAGGGCCUCCUGAAGAGUACCGCCCUCCAGGUCUACUCCAUGGCCAAGUCAUGGCUUCUCAGGUUGGGCAGCCCACCUGCCACCAGCGCGGACUCCCGUCUCCUCCGGCAGCGUCGGCGGGGGACCGCUGCUUCUGAGAACAGGCCCUUGAACCACAGGCUUGCUGAUUGUGCGCUGGGCUAGGCCAACCACAUGUGUGACCCUCUGAACUCUGUCCUUGUCCUCGUCCUGUGUGCUUAUGCCUGCCUCUGACUGUCUGGCUGUAGGGACUCUGGCAGGUGGCCUGUGUCAGUCUCAGCCCCCAGGAUCUCUGAGCUUAACUUUUAGGUCAGGGAGGUUGCUAAUUUACCUGCAAAAAGACCUGGCUUCCUGUCCACGCUGGGCCAUGGGCUUCUUGUGUGGGCAGGUGGUUCCCUGGCAUGGAGUGAGGACCCUCUGCUGCUGUUCCUCAGACCUUGAUCCCCGGAGCCUCUCUGGAUGCUUCCAGCCUACUGUGUGCUCAGGCCACUGCUCUCUUGUCAGUGUUGUCAGGAAAGAAAAGACAGAACAAGCUGAGACACGUCUCAGUUCUGGAUGUCCGUGUGAGGGACACAGAAGGCAAAGGUAUCUAGCAGAGGUGUGUUCUGCACUAGGCUGGGACUGGAGAUGGGGCCCCAGGGCUCUGACCAUGGUCCUGACUGCUGUCAGGGCUCCUCCCCCCCACUCCUCUUGCCUUCUUUCUCUGACCUACACUUAUCUAAGGGGUUGACCUCUGUGACAAGUGCAGAUGGAAGGUGGCUGGCUGGGGAAUCCAUUGGGGUGGGGGAGUCCUGAUCAUAGAUGCUUCCGUUGGGGAUGGAGUCCACUGCCACUGCAGCCUAGUUCCUAGGGAAGGUUUCUGGGUGGUGCACAUACCAAAGCUCCUCUGGCCAAUCCUGGGGUCUCUAUUCUUUCUAUCCCUGAAGAACCCACACAGUGCCCAUGGCCAAACUGUAGGGGACACUCAGCCCAACUGGAGAUGGGAUUGUAGAGAAAUGGAGGUGCCAAUGAGAGAUUAUGUAAUAAAUGCUGGGCAGGAGAAA